UCUGGGUAAAGAUGGAUGUGCACGAUCUCUUCCGCCGGCUCGGCGCCGGGGCCAAGUUCGAUGUGAGACGCUUCUCGGCGGACGCCGCCCGAUUCCAGGUAGGAAAAAGGAAAUAUGACUUUGCUUCUUCGGAGGUGCUGCAGGGACUGGACUUUUUUGGAAACAAGAAGUCUGUCCCAGGUGAGUGUGGAGAAUCGAGAACUAAUCAGGAGCUCCAAGGUGAAGAGAAAAAAGAGGAGAGCCUAACUGAAAGGAAGAGGGAGCAGAACAAGAGAAAGAGGAAGAGGGUGACUUCAGAAAUUACUUCAGAAGAAGAAGGUUCUACUAUACAGUGGAUAUCAUCUGUGGAGGCAAAGAUUGAAGAUAAAAAAGUUAAAAGAGAAAAUAAACUAACUUCAGGAAAGUUGGAGCAUAUCAGAAAAGAAAAGAUAAACUUCUUGCGGAAUAAACACAAAAUUCACGUCCAAGGAACUGAUCUUCCUGACCCAAUUGCUACGUUUCAGCAACUUGAACAGGAAUAUAAAAUCAAUUCUCGGCUGCUUCAGAACAUUCUAGAUUCAGGCUUCCAGAUACCUACACCAAUCCAAAUGCAAGCCAUUCCAGUUAUGCUGCAUGGCCGAGAACUUCUGGCUUCUGCUCCUACUGGAUCUGGAAAGACUUUGGCUUUUAGCAUUCCCAUUUUAAUGCACCUGAAACAACCCACAAAUAAAGGAUUCAGAGCCCUGAUUAUAUCACCAACACGAGAACUUGCCAGCCAGAUUCAUCGAGAGUUGGUAAAAAUAUCUGAGGGAACGGGAUUCAGGAUACACAUGAUCCACAAAGCAGCAGUUGCAGCCAAGAAAUUUGGACCAAAAUCAUCAAAGAAAUUUGAUAUUCUUGUGACUACUCCAAAUCGACUAAUCUAUUUGUUAAAGCAAGAUCCUCCAGGAAUAGACUUAACAAGUGUUGAAUGGCUGGUAGUAGAUGAAUCAGAUAAACUGUUUGAAGAUGGCAAAACUGGGUUCAGAGACCAGCUGGCUUCUAUUUUCCUGGCCUGCACAUCCCACAAGGUCAGAAGAGCUAUGUUCAGUGCAACUUUUGCAUAUGAUGUUGAGCAGUGGUGCAAACUCAACCUGGACAGUGUCAUUACUGUGUCCAUUGGAGCAAGGAAUUCUGCAGUAGAGACUGUGGAACAAGAGCUUCUCUUUGUUGGAUCUGAGACUGGAAAACUUCUAGCCGUGAGAGAACUUAUUAAAAAGGGUUUCAAUCCACCUGUUCUUGUUUUUGUUCAGUCCAUUGAAAGGGCUAAAGAACUUUUUCAUGAGCUCAUAUAUGAAGGUAUUAAUGUGGAUGUUAUUCAUGCAGACAGAACACAAGAACAGAGAGAUAACACAGUCCACAGCUUCCGAGCAGGAAAAAUCUGGGUCCUUAUUUGUACAGCCUUGCUAGCCAGAGGGAUUGAUUUUAAAGGUGUGAACUUGGUGAUCAACUAUGACUUUCCAACAAGCUCAGUGGAAUAUAUCCACAGGAUAGGUCGCACUGGAAGAGCAGGGCAUAAAGGAAAAGCUGUUACAUUUUUCACUGAAGAUGAUAAACCAUUAUUAAGAAGUGUUGCCAAUGUUAUACAGCAGGCCGGAUGUCCUGUUCCAGAAUACAUAAAAGGUUUCCAGAAACUACUAAGCAAACAAAAGAAAAAGAUGAUUAAGAAGCCGUUGCAAAGGGAGAGCAUUAGUACAACUCCGAAAUACUUCUUAGAAAAGGCUAAGGAUAAACGGAAAAAGGUCACUGUUCAGAACAGCAAGAAGAAAGUAGCUCUUGAAGACAAAAAUUAAAGAUUUUUUUAAAAGACUGUAUCAAAAACAUCAUUUUGUGAUCUCAACAUGAAUGUUUACAUGGAAUACAUCUUAAAAUCAUCUGUCCUGACAUUUGAAAUCAACUACAGGAACAUGGGAUGGGUGAAAAAUGAUCAUAAACUUUCAGUGCAUUGUGUCAGGUUUCAAUAUGUAGGUGACUUUUAAGUGAUUACAUAAUGAAAAUAACAUUCAUUGACACUUCUGUGGUUUGGAUCCAGAGAGAUACUUCUUAUAGAAGAACAAAAGCUUAUGCUAAAAAUAACAAUACCCAAAUGGGGUGAACUCUUAAGUUUCCCUUCAAGUGUGAAGGAAGGUGUGAUGUAUGUUGUGGAGAAACAUGUGGAACCAAAUAUUCAAAGUAAAGCCUUGAGAUUGAAUGUCCCUACCCCUACCCCAUCUGUUUUUGGUUUUUAAAUAGACAAAGGCUAUCUACCAAGAAGAAACCUACUGCUCUUUAUUUUACUGUUUAAUUUCUUGAUGGCCUCUUGUGUUGUAAGCCACAACAAAAAGAAUCCUCUUCUGUGGCUGGUUUUUCGAGCUCUCCAGUAAUUUUAAAUUCUUUGGUCUAUUAAAUAUCCUCAUACUUCAUUGAUAAGGUAGCUCAUACUUCACCUGUUAUAACGUUGCAACUACAAACGUCAGUCUCUCCCUUUUUUAAAAA